UUCGGAGACGCACCAUUCUCGUAUUACCGAAGAAUAAAGAGCCCCACAAAGUUAAUUGGAAGACGGAACCGAUCCCUGACAAUGACAUCCGACAUAGUUGAUGUCAAGUGACGCUGAUUCAGCCGAAUCCCAUGUUCUUUUCUGUUCCCUAGAGUUUCUAAGCACAAGUCGUCUUUACUGUUUACAGUCAAUCGGAGCAGCUUUCACGCAUAAAUAUGAGUAGUCCCACGUCGCGCCUCCGAAGUCUCAAUGAAGCUUUGAAAAGGAACUGACUUUUGGGAUUAGAGGAAGAAUUAUAAGUAGAAGUAGAAAAGAAGGAUCGGAUGGUGAUGGGGGUGUCUGUGGAAUCAAGUGAGCUGUGGGAGGGGGUGCUGGAGCUGACCAAGACGGCGCAGGACAACAACAGCGACGCGCUUUUCUGGGCGGUGCAGCUAAGCGCCAGCCUGAGCGCGGCCGGGGUGGGCCUGCCCUCGGUGGAGCUGGCCCAUCUCCUGGUCUCGCACAUCUGCUUCGGAAAUCACGUGCCCAUCACGUGGAAGUUCCUCGACAAGGCCCUGGCCGUCAAGAUCGCCCCUCCCAUGCUCGUCCUCUCCCUCCUCUCCAUCAGGGUCAUUCCAAAUCGGCAAAACCAGCCUGGAGCAUAUAGACUAUAUAUGGAACUCCUCAAGCGACAUGCAUUUUCAUUUGCAUCUCCAAUCUAUGGUCCAAAUUAUCAAAAGAUCAUGAAAUCCAUUGAUGAUGUUCUUCAUCUUUCCCAGAUAUAUGGCCUUCAAGUGUGUGAGCCUGGGGUGCUUCUUGUUGAAUUUGUCUUUUCAGUUGUAUGGCAGUUACUUGAUGCAUCUUUAGAUGAUGAAGGGUUGCUGGAACAUACCCCAGAAAAGAAGUCUAGAUGGCCAACCAGGUCACAAGAUAUGGAUAUAGAAGGUCAUGAUAGCUUUAGUGAGAAGAGAGCAGAUCACAAUGAAGGGCUGCAGAAAGUAAAUACUGCAAUGGCUAUUGAGAUAAUUGGAGAGCUUUUGCUAAACAAAGUGACUUCAAGGAUUCUAUACUUGGCACGUCAAAACAUGCCAUCACAUUGGGGAGGUUUCAUUCAGCGAAUGCAACUGCUUGCAGCAAAUUCAGCGGUCUUGCGGAAUUCAAAACACAUAACUCCAGAGACCCUUCUGCAGUUGACAUCUGACACUCGUAAAGUUCUGUCUCGAGAAUGCAAAACAAUGUCAGGGAAAGAGUUUCAUGCUGUCAUGGCUUCUGGGUCUCUGAUAUCAUCUGCUAAUCAAUUGCAUGGGAUUGGUUGGUCUGCACUUUGGCUCCCUAUUGAUCUGUUUCUGGAAGAUGCUAUGGAUGGAUCACAAGUGGCAGCAACUAGUGCUGUUGAAAUUCUUACUGGUUUAGUAAAGGCUCUGCAGGCUGUUAAUGGUACCGCAUGGCACAAUACAUUCUUAGGUUUAUGGAUUGCAGCUCUACGACUGGUGCAAAGGGAGAGGGAUCUCUGUGAGGGUCCUGUGCCUCGCCUAGAUACUUGCAUGUGCAUGUUAUUGUCUAUUACAACACUUACAGUUGCUAAUUUUAUUGAGGAAGAGGAAAGUGAACUGAUUGAUGAAACCGAACACAGCCCUACCAAUCAAAGCAAAGAAAAACCUGGAAGGCGUCGCAAGGAUUUAGUUACCAGCUUGCAGUUAAUAGGUGAUUAUGAGGGGUUGUUGACAGUACCUCAGGCUGUUAGUUUGGUAGCUAAUCAGGCUGCUGCCAAAGCAAUAAUGUACGUUUCAGGCCUUCCAGUUGGUAAUGGGUACUACGAAUCUGUGAGCAUGAAUGACAUGCCAAUGAACUGUUCUGGAAACAUGCGGCAUCUGAUUGUUGAGGCUUGUAUUGCCAGGAAUCUACUGGACACAUCGGCAUAUCUCUGGCCAGGUUAUGUCAAUGUUGCACGGAGCAACCAAGUUCCUCAUAGUGUUCCUGCGCAAGCGUCUGGUUGGUCAUCAUUGAUGAAGGGGUCCCCUCUAACUCCAUCAUUGAUAAAUGCUUUGGUUGCCACCCCAGCUUCUAGCUUAGCAGAACUCGAGAAAAUAUAUGAGAUUGCAGUCAAUGGUUCUGACGACGAGAAGAUAUCUGCUGCUACCAUUCUCUGUGGGGCAUCUCUGGUUCGUGGUUGGAAUGUACAGGAGCACACCAUUUUUUUUAUUAUGAGAUUGCUAUUGCCUCCGGUCCCUGCAGAUUACUCUGGGAGUGAUAGCCAUUUGAUCAGCUGUGCUUCAUUUUUGAAUGUCCUUCUUGUUGCAAUAUCAGCUGUGGACUGUGUUCAGAUUUUCUCCUUACAUGGCUUGGUUCCAUUGCUUGCAGGUGCAUUGAUGCCCAUCUGUGAGGUUUUUGGGUCUUGCAUACCCAAUGUGUCAUGGGCUCUCACAACAGGGGAGGAACUCUCUUGUCAUGCAGUGUUCUGCAAUGCAUUUACACUUCUGCUGAAGUUAUGGAGGUUUGAUCAGCCACCUGUUGAGCAUGUGAUGGGAGAUGCACCACCAAUUGCUUCCCAGCUAAGUCCUGAAUACCUCUUAUUGGUUCGGAACUCACAAUUAUCAUCCUUUGGAACAUUACCUAGGGAUCCGAUGAAAAGCAGAAGACAUUCCAGAUUGUUAAGUUCUUCUAGAGAACCUAUAUUUAUGGAUUCCUUUCCAAAAUUAAAACUCUGGUACCGGCAGCAUCAACAAUGUAUGGCUUCCAUCCUCUCUGGUCUUGCACCUGGGACCCCUGUUCAUAAGAUUGUUGAUACACUCCUCGAUUUGAUGUUCCGAAAAAUAAAUAGAGGUGGUCAGCCUUUAACUCAAACUUCAGGAAGCAGUAAUUCGUCGGGAUCUGGGGCUCAAGAUGCCUAUAUUCGACUCAAAGUGCCUGCAUGGGAUAUCCUGGAGGCAACUCCCUUUGUGCUUGACGCUGCUCUUACGGCCUGUGCCCAUGGAAGACUCUCUCCCCGUGAACUUGCUACAGGAGUCAAAGAUCUUGCUGAUUUUCUUCCGGCAACUUUGGCUACCAUUCUAAGCUACUUUUCCGCUGAAGUAACACGAGGCAUAUGGAAGCCAGCUUUUAUGAAUGGAACUGAUUGGCCAAGCCCUGCUGCAAACUUAUCCAUUGUUGAGCAACAGAUUAAGAAAAUCUUAGCUGCCACUGGUGUUGAUGUCCCAAGCCUUGCCGUAGGUGGGAGCUCUCCAGCUACGCUUCCUUUACCACUAGCUGCCCUAGUAAGCCUCACAAUUACUUAUAAAUUUGAUAAAGCCACCGAACGCUUCCUCCACAUGAUUGGCCCAGCCUUGAAUUCCCUUGCUUCUGGUUGCCCCUGGCCAUGCAUGCCCAUCAUAGCCUCUUUGUGGGCCCAGAAGAUAAAGCGUUGGAGCGAUUUCUUUGUGUUCUCAGCUUCGCAUACUGUUUUCCACCAUAACAGUGAUGCUGUGGUCCAGCUUCUUAAAACCUGCUUCACAUCCACUCUUGGGCUAAGUUCUUCCCACAUUUACAGCAAUGGUGGUGUGGGUGCCCUCCUUGGCCAUGGCUCUGGCCCCCAAUUCUCUGGUGGGAUGACUCCAGUAGCCCCUGGAAUUCUUUACUUAAGAGUGCAUCGGUCUAUCAGAGACGUUAUGUUCAUGACAGAAGAAAUUGUCUCUCUGCUAAUGCUUUCUGUUAGAGAUAUUGCAAGUAGUGGGUUGCCUAAAGAUAAAGUGGAGAAAUUGAAGAAGACCAAGUAUGGUUUGAGAUACGGGCAGGUUUCCCUUGCUGCAGCAAUGAUGCGUGUCAAGCUUGCUGCUUCACUUGGGGCUUCAUUGGUUUGGAUAUCUGGUGGAUCAGGUUUGAUUCAAUCUUUGAUCAGAGAAACCCUACCUUCUUGGUUUCUGUCGGUCCAUGUGUUAGGGCAGGAAGUUGGAGAAUCUGGGGGUAUGAUUUCUAUGCUGGGGGGUUAUGCUCUUGCAUACUUUGUGCUGCUUUGUGGGGCAUUUGCUUGGGGAGUUGACUCGGUAUCACCAGCAUCGAAACGACGGCCAAAGAUUCUUGGGGCCCACUUAGAAUUUCUUGCAAGCGCACUAGAUGGAAAAAUAUCUCUUGGUUGUGAUUGUGCCACUUGGCAGGCAUAUGUAUCAGGGUUUGUGAGCUUGAUGGUGGGUUGCACACCAAUGUGGGUGCUGGAGGUGGAUGUGGAUGUCUUGAAGAGGCUGAGUAAAGGAUUAAGGCAGUGGAACGAGGAGGAAUUGGCUCUGGCGCUGCUGGGACUUGGAGGGGUUGGUGCAAUGGGUGCAGCAGCUGAAUUGAUUAUUGAAAGAGAGUUUUAACCUAACCGUGCCAUAAGCAUGUCCAAAAAAUGCCUGAUUGAUGUUGUGUGUUUUUGUAUCUUUAACACUAUAAUAGGUAGACAGGCCUCGACGCAUGUUCAUUAGAAUAAAUCUAAUUAGAACUAUAGAGCUUUCUGUACAAUCAUAGCUCUGUGUAAAUCAUCUCAAACAGGUAGUAAAGAAGAAUAGAGAUUUCCUCCUCUACAUUGGUUUGAAGAAUUUUCAUGCUUAUUUUGAUUA